AUGUGUUCAUGGAAGUCAGCCUUAACCUGCUAUGAGUUUUUUCGUAAGCGUCACUUACCCAUUGCGGACGAGGCUAUUAUGUCUAUUUAUCUUAGAUUCUACGACCAAGGUGACGAUUCAAAGGUUAAUAUCCAAUUUUCUUCUGAUAUGCCGAACAUUUUUCCAUUUAUGGGAGAUGAAAAAAUGCCCAAGAUUAAAGUGAAUAAUUUAUUUUUGAAUGACUGUAAUAAUUUCUCUUGUAAUGACCUUUCACAAAAAGAAUUAAAUGCCUUAAAGUUUUUUCUUCACAGCACACAAUAUCAACCAACGCUACGACCAUUAUACCAUAGACUUCGUUUUAUUCUUCAGAGUAUGAGUCGAGAAGAAGAGUUUAGAUCAGGGGUGAAGAGAAGCGUUGACUCUAGUUCAAAUGAUGUACAAGAAUUACAGUCUGUUGUAUCAGUUGCAUUACCUGUUCUUUCUGCACCUUCAUCAAUUAUUAAUAUUUCUCUGCACCACAACCUCCGAAAGGGUCGGUGGAUAGAUGCGUUACGAACCAUCCAUAAUAUACAGCAAUAUGGACUGUUAGAACCAUAUUUAAAAGAACUUUCCAAGGUACAAUCUUGGAGUGGUACAUCCGAGUUACUAGCCACUGUUAGUCAGGAUGUGUGCUAUCGGGCAUGUGUUGAAUUUCCUUCUCUUCUCUCUUUGAUGGAUACAUUGAUACAACAGUGGGAAACGUACUGGAGUGCAAUGAAAGGUUCGACAAUGGAUAGAAACUUGGUUGGAGAUAAACUUCUCCCCUCUGAGACAUCCUUCUCUUUUACUGAUAUUCUCCCUGAUUCUUCUUUUACUACACCUACAUCUACAUCUGCAGCUCUUGCUCCUGGUGCUGUUGUUGAUAGUAAUGAUGAUGGUAAUAGAAGUGUCAAUAUAGAAGGUAUUUCAGACAGCGUAGACAAGGAUUCUGAGACUAAGUUUAGUGAAAUGGAAGCCACGGGAAAUUUCUUUCUCAGGAGGUCAGAGUUAGAGGAAAGUAGUUUGGAAGUUUUGCGUUUCGCUAGUUUCAAUACUUUUUUUGGUGUAUCUGAAAAUGAUAUGAAAGUUUAUGAGGAACAGGAAGUGUGUCAUCGCCUUAUGGAGGUUACUACCCGAGUAGCGGAUUUUUCGUUUUGUUGUCGUCUUGCCGAUGCGUGGUCGAUUUCUUGUAAUCACAACAUAUCAGGUAAAAGUCGAGUUUUUAUCCCUUCUAGUGUGACGAAAGAACUAUUACUUACACGUUUACUUUUAAGAGCACCAUCAUGUGAAAUCAUUUUGAGUAUCUUGAACAGAUGGCCGCAGUUUUCUUCAACUACAUUGAUGAGUCACUUAAAAACUGAUUCAAUAGAUAAUGAUAUCGUGGUAACGACGUUACGUUGUCCAGAGGUUGUUUCGGCUUUAGCUUAUCGGUUAACCCCUUCGAUUUUUUUUGAAGAAAUUGUAGAAAAAUAUCUACAACGUUCUGAGAUUCUCCUUUGUAAGGAAGUUCGAGAUAUAGUGAGAGAUACUCUAAAGAGAGGAGAGUUUUAUGAUGCAGCUGAAAAGUUUUGUAUGCGUCAAACCCAACUAGAGAUGGUUGCAUUAUGUCACUCAAAUGAGAUAGUACACAUGAGGAAAAGUUUUGGUCAACUUGUGGAGGAAUAUCUAUCACAGCAGUUUUCUUUCUGCAAGAAAGUACAAUUAUUUUCUGAUCUCUUUCAACAUGUGAAGGAGACGGAAUAUGUGUUUAUUAUUAAUGCCUUGCUUAACACAGUGGACAAAGAAAAUAUUGGGAAUACUUGUUAUACCACUGUAAAUUCAAGUAGAUUGUCUAUAAUCGUUCAACUUAUUUGUAAAUGGAUUUCUGAAGAUCAUCGCCCUGGGGAUGCGACUGUAAUACUUUACCAUGUUCUUAAUGUGAUUGAGGAUAAAAACAUAGAAUUAUGUGGGGUAGAAGAAGAAAAUUUAAAGGAAAAGAGUCUCCCUUCAUCACUGCAAAACCUUUUUGAUAUUGAUGAUGUUGUUAAUCCAUUCUUUGAGUCUGUUUCGCGACUUGGAUUUCUUCUGGGUAAUGUAUCACCUAAAGAAGAAAAGUUUACCAUUGCACUACAGUGGUUAAAACUUUUGUCAAUGUUGCCAACAAAACACUUUGAUGAGACUACUAUUGUUGUUUGGCUAUUUUGGACGAUGCGGGCAGUAGUACAAUAUGAGGAAGAAGAAGAAAAGAAUAGACAAGAACAACAAUGUUUACAAAUCUACACUUCAAACACAAAAACGAUUCAAACAGAAGUCAUAAAGGCAGUUUGCAACCUUUCUCAUUCUCUAGAGAAAUGUGAAACGACUGCAAUUCUCCCACCUAUGCUUCUGAACUGGCUGGUAUCACACGCCGAUAUGCCUUGGGGUGAUGCAACAGCGCUGCUUACUCGUCACGCUGGUAUCAAGACAUCUCAAAAACAACGUUUUGUUUUUAUUCGUCUUCCAUUAGGAAACGCAGCCUUUGAUACAUUUACGAACCCGCAUAUAAAAAAACAUGUGCUAUUAUUAUUAGAAAGCGAACUCCAAAGCAAUAAGUUAUCUAGAAGCAGCACUAAUUGGUACCUUGUCUUCAAAGAAGAUCUUGAUCUUAAAAAGAGAGUAAAACAUCUUUUUACAGCUAUACGAUUCACAAUUCUAAACGCCUGGUAUUAUCGCAUUCUAAAUACCCAUUUCUCCAUAGAGUCAAACACAGAUGAUGUGAAUGGUAAUAGUUUUGUCCCCUAUACUACAACUAUUUCGCUGCGUAAACAGAGAUCUCUUGGACAAGUAAAACGAAAGGUAAACCACGACAACAUUAUAUACUCAUUACAUGAAGCGCUAGAAUCCCUAUGGAAACAGAACUCCUUCAAAAAAGAAAAGAAAUAUACAUAA